CUGAGCCGUCGCGUGCAUCUGUUUGUCCUGCAGUACCUGGUGUGCAAAAGGAAGCUGGAGAGUAAGAAGGAAGCCCUGCUGAUCCUCUCCAAGGAGCUGGACACAUGCCAGCAGGAAAGGGACCAGUACAAGCUCAUGGCCAAUCAGCUUCGGGAGCGCCACCAGUCCCUGAAGAAGAAGUACCGCGAGCUGAUCGAUGGCGAUCCAUCGCUUCCCCCUGAAAAGAGGAAACAGGCUAAUCUUGCACAACUAUUGAGAGAUUCUCAAGACCGAAAUAAACAUCUGGGAGAAGAAAUUAAAGAACUUCAGCAAAGGCUUGGAGAAGUCCAGGGCGACAAUAAGUUGUUGAGGAUGACAAUUGCCAAACAGAGGCUUGGAGACGAAGAAAUUGGCGUGCGGCACUUUGCAGCCCAUGAGCGUGAGGAUUUGGUCCAGCAGCUGGAGAGAGCAAAAGAACAGAUUGAAUCUCUGGAGCAUGACCUGCAGGCCUCUGUGGAUGAGCUUCAGGAUGUUAAAGAAGAGCGGUCUUCCUACCAGGACAAAGUCGAGAGGCUCAACCAGGAGCUAAACCACAUCCUGAGCGGGCACGAGAACCGUAUCAUUGACGUGGAUGCCCUGUGUAUGGAGAACAGGUACCUUCAGGAGAGAUUAAAGCAACUUCACGAAGAGGUCAACCUCUUGAAAUCUAACAUUGCCAAGUACAAGAAUGCUCUUGAGAGACGGAAAAACUCGAAAGGCCAAGGUAAAUCCAGCAGCAGUGCUCUGACUGGAGUCCUGUCUGCAAAGCAAGUUCAAGAUCUGUUGUCUGAGGAUCACGGGUGCAGUCUCCCAGCUACUCCGCAGUCCAUUUCUGACCUGAAAUCUCUGGCAACGGCCCUGUUGGAGACGAUCCAUGAGAAAAACAUGAUCAUCCAGCACCAGAGACAGACCAACAAAAUCCUCGGAAAUCGGGUGGCUGAACUGGAGAAAAAAUUAAGAACCCUGGAAGUUUCUGGUUUGUGGAGCCUUCCAGGCCUGAGCUACAAUGUUUCAGUAGGAUUUGGGAGGGGCAAGGACACCAUACUGUUCGGCGACCCCACUUUUCCCACCAUGCAGAGGUCGAGAUCCCCGCUGCUGAAGUUCGUGGAGCAGCCCGCUGAGAACAAAGCGAGUCCCAAGGACGGGGAGGUUUGGAAGCAAGAACAAGACAAAAGUCACGUGACUGCCGAGGUGUCGACAGCGUGGGAGGAUGCUGGGAGGCCCGCUCUCAGCUCCCCAGCAAAUCAGAGCCCCAGGAACCAACGCAAACACUUUCUUGCCUCAUUAGCCCAGCUACCUUCUGAGGGAGAACAAGUAAACAGGCCUGGAGGGGAAAUUGUGAAACUGACAGAGGAGCAGGAGCCUACAGGACCAGCAGGGGUUGGAAGAGAGAGCCCCCUGCAGGGUCAGAGGGACGAGAUGGGGCCACCUCUGCCUGGCUUAGCUGCCAACGGGGCAUGCCCCAAAUCUUGCCACAACUCCUCUGAGUCCAGCCAGCCAGUCGCCGAAGCGUCCCCCCCGGAAGAUGGCAAGGAGACCCCAGAGGUUGGAAGCACAAGGAACACCACGAAAACAUGAAGGGGAAAGAGAUCGGGCGUGAUGACACGUUGACAGCACUGGGGACGGUAAAGAACUAAACCUCAGAACAGUUCACCGAAGUCUCUUUCUCCUAAAACACCCCCAAGCCUGCAAGUGAGGAGGACACAGAUCCUGUCGCAAACUGCGAAUAUUCUGAUGAUGCCACCACAGUCUGAUUUAUUAAAUGCGGGUCCUCAAG